CGAUGCCAUUUGAUUGCUGCCCGGCACCCGUCUAGGCGCGCAGGGCUGCCGAUGGCUGCGGCAUAGACGCGAAUAGCUCCCAGCAGGCCGUCGGCGCGCCGUCGUGCAUCGAUUAAACCAGCAACAGUCUAGUGCUGCAGUCCACACAGCUGGGGCACGCCGUCGACGCGCAAUCAGUCACAAAACAAUGCUGAAGCGCGCAGCACUGCUGCUCGGCACCGCGGCGGCGACCUGCCACUGCCCCACCGGCGCGAUAUGCGACAACGGCACCGUGGCGAAUCUCGACGACUACUGGGCCGACCCGAAUGAACUGCAUUUCCACAAGUGCGUGCCGCACCGCUGCCGCGCGAACUUCCGGUGCGCGCGGGGCUACUCGGGCCGGCUGUGCGCACGCGUCUCAUCUGAUUACUACGAGGUGUCGCGCUUCGGGCCGUAUGCCUGCCCGUCGAGUAACGGUGGACGGGCCCUGGUCGCGACAUCUGGUUUACUACUCGUAGUGCUCGCCUUCGUGCUCUUAAAUCAGCUGGUGCUCCCGAAGCACCCGUCCCUGCAAAUAUGCUUCCACGCCGUGCAGACUGUCGCGCUCCUGCGGAAAAUCACGUACGAUCGGGACUUCGGCCAGGGGAACCUCCAAGCACCGGCGCGCCUCGCGGCCCUGCUCGGAGAUAUCGCAUUGUUCGACGUGGGGUUGUUUAAGCCGACGUGCGUGGCGAGCUUCGGCUUUGCGCGGCAAUUGCUCUUGCAGCUCGGCGUGGUGGUCGUGGGCGCGGUCGUCGUCUUCGCGCCGAUCUGCGCGAGGAUCCUGACGCAGUUGCGGAAAGAUUCAACAUACCGCCCUGGCAUCACAGACUUCUACAAGGGCGACUUCGGCCCCGAGGUGUUUACGAGGUUGGGCAAGAUCUUUCAUUUGGUGGAUGUGCAGUGGCCGUUGCUCGCGUACAAGGCGCUUUGUGCCUUUCGGUGCGACGCCGACGGGUACGUGGCAUCCUCGCCCUCGGAGAAAUGCCGCGUCCAGAACUAUGUGUUGGGUGUCAUUUGCUUGCUCGUGUUCGUGGUCCCGGUCCCGAUCAUCCUAGAGAUCACUGUGCGCCGGGAAUACGAGCUGCGGGGCGGCGUGCACGCGCCGCACGUGCAGGCGUUGUUUGGCUGGUGACGCGCGCCGUGUCCUUGAAUUAGACGCCGUCGAGGCGGCGCCACCGAGACGCCACCGACGCAGGUCAUUUCGGGACCUGCGCCCGGGUCGCCACGCGUGGCGCAACGUGAAGAGGUUGCGGUGGCUGCUGCUGGUUGCAGUGGCUGCGUUAGUCGAGGGCCCUGCGAUCCAGCUCUGCUUAUCGAUCCUGAUCCUGGCGGCCGCGUCCUACUGCCAAAAUACCUUUAGACCAUACCUGGGGUGGAGGCUCAAUGCGCUCGAGUCGCUCGGCUGCUACGCGGCCGUGGCAGCAUGCGCGCUAGGCGUCCUUGGCAUCGAAGACAACUCGCGGUACGCGACGGUGCGGGCUGUAGAUGGCUUGGUUAUUCUCGGCGUCCUGCUGACGGCGUCCUGCUCCUUGGCUUAUGCGGAGUACGUGGACCGACAAUCAAGGAAAGCUACCCCUCGUUUCCUUGCGGAGCGGUGUCGCGAGCGCCAUACCACGGACAUCGAGCAGCGCCGGGACAAGCACGAGCCGCCGGGUCCGCUCCUGCCCAAGAAGAAGAACAACUCGUACGACGAUCUCGCGACUGCCAUCGAGUCGGCGGCGCAAAAGGUCGACCGCUUCGAGCGACGGCUGGAGAACCGGGCCCGGCACGCGGCGAGAGAUGUCCUGACGGAUGGCGACUACGAAGACUUGCCCGCGGAUGUACUGCGCGACAUUGGGGCGCUCCAAGCUGCCUCAGACGCGUUGAACGCAAGAGCGUUUUACCUCGCGUGCCACGAUCCAGAGAGAACGAACGACGACCUGGAGAGGUAUGUGCAAGUGGCACGCCGUAUCGAGUACUUGAUUUCUGAUGCAUCGUUCACGUCGUCGUUCAGCGCCUCCCCGGGUGCCCGGUUCUGGCGGAAGUGGUCGCGGGAGAAGGGCAUCAUUGAUUUCGUCGCGAUGCUCGAAGAUCGAGAGCGGACCGUGGUGUUCGGGUUCCUCGUACGUUUACAAAGGUUCCUGGCGGACGAGAAAAAAUCGACGGCGCUGCAUUCGCUCGUGAGCGCCCGGGACCGGCCCUCGAUCCUGUACUACUUACUGGUUGCGCCAGCACAAGAACACGCGGAGUGCGUGCAGCUGCUCCGGGACGUCGUGCAGACGUGCCGGACGGUCGAGUUGUCGGCAGUCGAUCGAGCGUUAGUGGUACCGCGGGAGGUCCAUGGGACAAACACGCCCCAGGAAGCAUUAGAGAAAGGCCUCCGAGUCUGGCACGCGCGGCGAACAAAGUCCGUGGAAGCUCUCUUGGGCGAGGGCGGCCUGGAGACCGCACAACGAUUCGUCAACAUCGAGGACGACUGCCUGCGCGCGUCGUCGGCCGUGAUCGGCGGGACCGCGUCGCCUGUGCGAUCGACGACGACGCCGUCGAAACGGGUACGGUUCCAGGAGCGGCGGCGUCAAGGUGCCUAAAUUUGUCCGUAUGUGAUACAAGUACAUAUACUACCAUACCA